CCGGGGGCUCUGUGGGAACUCGCCGGAGCUUCUCUUCCUGAGCCUCUCGGCGGUGACGGCGCUCGGAGCCCCUGAUGUGUUUCUCCCUCUGCACUCCGGGAGAGUUGGCACUCAGCAGGUCUGCCGUCUGCCAGUAGGUGGGUCACUUUUGUAUCAAACCUCGCUUGUUUGGUUCACGGCUGCGCUUCUCCUGUCUGAUCUCUACAAAAACGUGUGACCCUUCCAGCUCCUCUCUGCACGACAGCAUUCAUUUCUGAAGAGUGAGACCUCCUUGUGAAAAGUGCUUUUUCUGGAAGCAAUGUUCUAAGAAUGUCAUCAGGCAUCCAAAUAAAAACAAAGUCUGCAGCCCAGAAAAGCAAGACAUGUUCUCCAGAAUCACAGCCAAAGCCUAGUGCCAAGCUGAAUCCUAAAACUAUUGAUCCGUUUCGUGCUUAUUCUCAACCACCAUCUGCAUUUGCUGCUACAUAUGCUAGAGGUGGCAUUCCGUGCAGGUUAGUGCAUGGAUCAGUAAAACACAAACUUCAGUGGGAAUGCCCUCCUGAAACUGUUCCCUUUGAUCCUCUUCUUUUAACAUUGGCAGAGGGACUUAGAGAGACAAAACAUCCCUAUACUUUUGUUUCCAAGGAGGGUUUUAAAGAAUUACUUCUGGUCGAAGGUGCUGCUGAAAAAGUUAUUCCCUUGUUGCCUCGUCUAGUUCCAGUCUUAAAGGCUGCAUUGGCCCAUGCGGAUGAUGAAGUAUUUGGAAGGGGAUUGGAUGCUUUAGUGCAAUUGAGUGCUGUUGUUGGCCCAUCUCUUAAUGAUCAUCUUAAACUUCUACUCACAAAUCUUUUAAAGAGAUUAAUGGACAAGAAAUAUAGAGAAGAAGUUACUGUUGCUUUACAAAAGUUGGAGCGCUGUGGUGGAAAGGCAACUGUGGCGAUCAUCAAAUCUAAAAUUCCAACCUAUUGUUCUAUCUACUCUUGAACAAGAAAACUGUAGUGAUUUAUAUUGUAAAGUGAAGUCUGGAAAUAAACUAUCUGUAAAUAUCACUGACACUUUUUGGGGUAUGAUAUAUUCUCUUAAAAUAAUAAUUAUUCCUCAGUGUGAUGGAGAGCAGGAGUCCUAUCAGUUUGUGAAUAUGUAAUUAUGGAAGACUUUUCUUUGUGUAUUUGUAUAUGCAUUUGUCUCACAGUGACACUGAUUAAUGUGUAUUAUUUCAAGAGCAGAAUAAAUAUUGAUUCUUAUUUAGUUUUUAAUUACAAUUUCAUUUAUUAUAUCUGCAGUGCUUAAUAUGUUGUG